AUGGAAGAGAGGGAGAGGGGUAAAGAGAAGGGCUCUAAAGGAAAAGGCAGGAAGAAGAGAGGUAAGAAGGGUGCAGGAGAGGCUAAGGAGGAGAGUAAGGAAGAGGACAGAGGGGAAGAAGAGGAGGAGAGUGUAGAGGCAGAUGUUCCGGUAGAAGAGAUGGCGGCUGGGGGUGCCCGGCCCAAGAAGAAGAGUCCGAAAGAAAAGAGUAAAGGCGAGGAACAUUGUUAUAAGGUGCACAAGAGGGUUCUCCGGUGGAUGAAAAGUGCUGAAAGGAUUAAGUAUGAGCUGGAUAACGGAGAGGAAGAGAAGUGGAGAGGCAGGAGUAUUGAGGAGAUUGAGGAGCAGAAGGUACUACAUGACAUUACAGAAGUGCUGAAGCUCCUCAGAAGCAAGGAGUGUGACAAGUUCUUUGCCCGGACAGGCAAGUACAUGAAGGGUGGGAGUGAGAGAUGGAAUAUGGUGGGAGUUGGGAUACUUGAGGAGGGAGGGAAGAAGAGAGUGGGAAAUGUAGAGGUUGGCCUUUUUGAGGGCAAGGGAGGGGAGAAUAUAAUCUACCAUCUGAUGUUCAAGCCCACAGACUUUGAAGAGGAAGGAGAAGGAGCAAGGCCAUCGUUUGGAAGGUGUGAUGGUGUGGAUGCGAUAGAGGAAGGGAGAAUCUCCGACAUGUCUGGGUUUCAGUAUCCUCCGGGCGUCCGAUCUGAAAUAACGAGUAGUGGGAGUGAGUUCAGGAUAGUGUGGAAGAAUCAGAGGGAUACCAGCUUGGUUCUCCGGAGUCUUACUGUUCUGCGAAUUCCUGAGAUCCGGUGA